AUGGAAGAGUCCGCCACACUACCCCACCACCCGAAGCCCGACGAACAACAGCAACAACAAACCGAUGGAACGGCCGCGGAGGGCUCUACACCAGCUGCUCCAAGCAAGAAUGCGUUGAAGAAAGCUGCCAAAGAAAAGGCAAAGGCUGAGAAGGCUGCCCAGCGCGCCGCGCAGGAACAGGCCCAGGCCCAAGCCAGUCAGGCCGCUGAUACCGCGAAGGACCUGUACGGAAAACUGCCCGAUAACGACGAAUUCCCCCAAGUAACGAAUUUCUCCAAAUUCGGCUCCGAAGACUUUGAAGGCAAGGAGGUUACGGUGGUUGCCAGAGUCCACAAUGCCCGUGUGCAGAGCGCAAAGCUUGCGUUUGUGAUGUUGAGGCAAGAAGGAAAAAAGGUGCAGGCUGUGAUCUUCGCCCAGGAACCGAUUUCGAAACAGAUGGUAAAAUGGACUGGUGGAUUGAAUGUCAAUUCGAUUGUGCAGGUUACUGGCGUCGUCAAAAGGCCUGAGAUCCCGAUCAACUCAGCUACAUUCAGCAAUAUGGAGCUACACAUAAGCAAGGUCUACAUGAUCGCACAGGCCUCCCAGCAGCUUCCAAUGCAAGUCAAGGAUGCAGAGCGACCACCACCAGAGUCUAAUGAGGAGGGACUGGUGGAUGCCGAAGGUGCGCCAAUUGUGACUCUUAAGACCCGUCUUGACAACCGUAUUCUCGACCUUCAGACGGAAACCAGUCAGGCUAUAACAUGGAUAUCCAGUGGCGUUGCUGAAUUAUUUUCGGAGUUCAUGUUGAAGAGCGGUGCUAGAUGGAUAUUCACGUCCAAACUUAACGGAUCAGCUACUGAAGGUGGUUCUGACGUCUUUGAACUGGGGUACUUUAAGAGAAAGGCAUAUCUUACCCAGAGUCCUCAGCUUGGGAAACAAAUGUGUAUCGCUGGUGAUAUGAUGAACGUUUUUGAGAUUGGUCCUGUGUUCAGGGCCGAGGAAAGCAACACCCAUAGACAUCUAACUGAGUUCAUUGGUCUCGAUUUCGAAAGAACAUUCCAGCGUCACUAUCACGAAGUUCUCAGUUUUGCCGAGGAGCUUCUCGUGUUCAUUCUCUCGGAGCUGAAAGUGCGGUACAAGGACCAAAUCGAAACUAUCCAAAAAUCCUACCCCAAGGCGGGUGACUUUCGGCUGCCAAAGGAUGGCAAGGCUCUUAGACUAAAAUAUAUGGAGGGAAUAGCAUUAUUGAAAGAAGCUGGAGUUGAUGUAUCGGAACAAGAGAGAUUCGAAAACGACCUCACAACGGCCAUGGAGAAGCACCUUGGAAGAAUUAUCCGUGAGAAAUAUGAUACUGACUUCUACGUCCUCGACAAAUUUCCCAGCGCAGUGCGCCCCUUCUACACCAAAGCCUGCCCCGAAGAUACCACAUUCUCUAACUCAUACGACUUCUUCAUGAGAGGCGAAGAGAUUAUGUCUGGCGCACAACGUAUCAACGAGGCUGAGGAGCUGGAGGAAGCUAUGAGAGCCCGCGGCGUCGACCCCAACGGCGAGGGGUUCCAGGACUAUGUUGGCGCUUUCCGACAGGGUUGCGCGCCCCAUGCUGGCGGAGGCCUUGGGCUGAAUCGUAUUGUAAUGUUCUUCUUGGGUCUGCCUAAUAUUCGGUUGGCCACAUUGUUCCCUCGUGAUCCUCAGAGGCUGCGGCCAUAG